CAAAUAUGGCCAGUGCGGGGCGUGGGGCGCAUUCCGCUUCCCUUACACAGAAGAGACGAGCAGACGCGCCUUCCUGGACGCACCGAGGCAUCAAACGGGACAUGACCAAUAACCACGAACCAAGAAAUUGGAUACGUGUCACAUGUCAGCGGAGUAUGUGAGAAGCAGCCACUGAAGGAUCCUCAAAUUCAGAUUUAGACUCAUCUUAAGCCUCACUGCGCUACAAGGGUCCAGUUCAACUCCAGAUCUAGUCCAACGUUCCAUCAUGCCACUGGUUGUGUUUCCCACGUCCCAGCUGCUGUGGGUGCGGGUGGCUGCGCUGGUGUUCACCUGCGUUGCCUUCAGCGUGGCGGCGCACGGAGCGCAGCUGGACUCGGGCAGCAUGGCUGACUGGUGCAUCUUCUGCUGGGCGUUCAGCUUCGCCUGCACCCUGCUGGUUCUGCUGGUGGAACAGUUUGGCCUCCAGGCCCGCAUCCCUGUGUCCUGGUCCAACUUCCCCAUCACCGUGGCCUGCUACGCUGCCCUCCUCUGCCUCUCCGCCUCUGUCAUUUUCCCGCUCUUUUACCUCAGGAAUGAGAAGUACCAAAGCGAGCGGCGCGACCACCGGAUCGCCUCCACCGUCUUCUCCUGCCUGGCAACGGUGGCCUACCUGUGGGAGGUGAGCCUGUCCAAAGCCAGGCCAGGAGAGGUGACGGGUUACAUGGCUACAGCUCCAGGCUUACUAAAAGUGUGCCAGACCUUUACGGCAUGUGUUAUCUUCAUCCUGAUCAGCGACCCGGUGUCUUAUAACCAGCACGCGGCGCUGAAGUGGUGCAUGGCAGUGUACUGCAUCUGCUUCAUCCUGUCCAUGGCCGUGGUGGUGCUGUGCGUGGGCGAAUGCACCGGCUGGCUCCCCAUCUCCUUCUCCAAGUUUCUGUCAGCGUAUGGGCUGUUUGCGGUUAUCAUGUAUUUGACUGCCACCAUCAUUUGGCCCGUGUUCCAGUUUGACAAACAUUACCAGGGCAGGGGGAAGGAGUCUACUAACGUGAUUGCUGCGGCCGUGCUCACUGCCCUCAACUUCCUGUUUUAUCUUGCCGACCUGGCUUACACAGCCAGAUUAGUGUUUGUGCGUGUCUGAAAAGAGAAGAGUAUUAAAAUGAUCUCCUUCUGUGUGUGCGUUUGUACAAAAAUGCUUACAAGAUCCAAAGUUUGUAUAAGUGUUUGUUUAUGGUCAGAUGGCCACAGUAUUUAAACCUGGAAGGAUGAGUGUUAAAUUUGAAACACGACUGUAACAUGAACGGGGAGGCGAAGAAAACGUGUACAUGUGAAACAAAAAGGAAAAACACAAACAGGUCAACACACUGGAGGACAAGCAGGUAGCAGCAGUUCAUGGGCUCUUUCAUUUCAUCAUAACCCAAUAGACAAGAUGUCUUCAUAAUCCUUUUUUUAAAUGACGUUUUGUUACUUUCGUGUGAAGUUUUCAGUUUUGACAUGCCUGAAGUAAUGUGUUUUGAAUAAAAGAAGUGAUGGAAUCUG